AUGAAGCCACGGAAGUCUUCUUUGAAUCCAUAUGCAGCCGCAUACGUUCCUGUCUCGAAAAGGGAUGCUAGCGCUAGAUUUUAUCCGGCGGAAGAGGAGAAUAACAGUUCCCAAGACUAUGAUGGGACUGCAUGGAAUCAGACUCCUCAAUAUGCCACAAAUAAUGUCCAACUUCUCAAGAAAAACCCCCAAAGGCUCUCUCCAGGGAAAAGCCAGCCUGCUUCUAGUUCUUACUUUUCAUCAGCACAGAGUGUAGCACCGCUGGCAGAUAAUCAUUUUAUGGAUGAAGAGUUUGAUAUAGAUUUGGAAUAUCUUAGGAUGACAUUUCCUGGGAUAUCUGAUGAGUCCCUUGUAGAUGUCUACAACGUAAACGGUGGGGACCUGGAUGCUGCUGUUGACAUGCUCAGCCAACUUGAGUUUGACGAUGCUGUUGACUCUUCUGGAAAUCUUCCAGACUCACUGGAUAUUGGUGAUGUUUCAGAGCCUACGUUGCCAGCAAAUUCUGCUUCAUCAAAACAGAAGAAUGCGACAGCUGAAGCCAGUACUUCCUUUGGUCACUUGUGA